CCCUGAUUAAAACCACAAAAAAUAUUUUUUAUAUUUUUAUUCGAAUUCUAAAAAUCAAAAAGUCAACUUUACAUAAAUCGCAAAGUCCAAAAAUUGAGUUUCAAACGUUCAGCUAAUACUUUCAAAUGUUUCUUAUUUAACUGCAAGGUUGUAUGUGCCAUCUGUCAUGAUAUCAUUUAUUAUACAUAACAAUGUACAAAGAAGAAGCAUUGUUUAUGUUUACAAUAAAAUUUGUUAAAUUGAGAAACAAAAAAACUAAUAAAGGACGAAAUGAAUUUAAAUAAUAAAGGUUGUCGCAUUUGUCUAAAGGGCAAGGUAUUAUUAAACUGGAACGAAGAAAUUGACGACAUCUCUGGUAUGAGCUACAGAGAUUGUUAUUACAAAUACACAGAACUGCAGUCAACUGCUAAGCCAUGCGUUCAUUUGUCUCAUUGUUUUUAGAUUCAGAUCCUUUGCCACCGAAUUUAUGCAGAACAUGCUCAAGGGGUCUUAAAAAUGCGUACUUUUUAUUUAAAAAAGCUAUAGAAUCAUUUAAUAUACUACAUAAUACUCUUAAAACUAAUGAACUUAAACCAAUAUCGUGUAUGGAGGAGGAUAUAUCAAUGGAAUUUGAACAUAAGAUAUUGGGUGAUUAUAAUUUAGAUAAUUUAAUUAAAGAAGAUACUAUUAAGGACAAAAAUCUGGACGAUGUUUAUUCUAAUGAAGUAUUAAUUACCGAAAAUGAUACAAAUUAUGAUGGUAAUAACGAAAUGUCUUCGCAAAAUGAAGAAGAAAUAGUACCAGUAGAUUUUAUUGACAUAAAAAAUUAUGAAUCAUCAGCGGAAGACUUAUUGGAGGAAAGGCCUAACGAAGAUUCUAAUACAGAAUCUGCUAUGGACUCAACAACUAGAAAGGCUGCCAAAAAGAAAAAACAAAAAUUACAUAUGUGUGCAUAUUGUUCUUUAAAAGUCAUUCACAAAAGUGUUCUAAUAAAACACGAAGCAACACACAGUGAAAAUAGACAGCGCACUGAAACGUGUCCUCAUUGUGAACUUAAAUUUUACGAUAAAUUAGGUUUAAAUAAUCACGUCAAAAUACAUGCAGUGAAUCGGGAAAAGAGAUUUAAAUGUGAAUUUUGUGAUAAAGCCUUUUUUAACAGAGGUGGACUUAAUGUUCAUAGGCGUAUACAUCUGGGUCAAAUGGUAGCUUGUAAACUUUGUCCAAAAGAAUUCUAUAGACAAAUUGAUUUAGAUAGACAUCUAUUGUCACAUUCAGCAGGUCCUCUACAAAAAAAAGUUUCGAAGGUAAAAUACGAAGUACAAUGUCAAUAUUGUAAUAAGUCGAUUGACUCUUCAAAAUGGAAAGAACAUAAAGCAGCUCAUUUGGGCCAACCUCAAGUGAAAUGUAAAAUUUGCGAAAAGAUAUUCUUUGCUAAGAAGAAAUGCACUAAACAUUUAAGACAGGUACAUCAGAAAACCAGAGAUGAAUAUGAACAAUUUAUACAUUAUUAUGAUGAUUGUAUUAAACGUAUGUCGCAUUUAAUGAUUCAACAACAAGAAAUAGUACAAUUAGUUACGAAAUGAAUAUUCAAAAGUUAACCAAAUCCAAUAAAUAUGUUUUAUUUUGUAUACAAAAAAUAUGUUUCAUAUAAAUUUAGUAGAAAUAUAUAAAGAAAACUAUGAAUAACCGA